CCCAAACAAGGAAAUGGUGGGGGAAUAAAACGAUCAGAUUAUUUAAUUAAUGCAUGUAAUAAUUAAUAUUUUAUUUUAUUGUAAAUUAAGAAAUAUUUAUGGGUGAAAAUGGAUUACGACUUCAAAACAAAGCUCGCGGCCGAAAGGGAGAGAGUAGAAGAUCUGUUCGAAUAUGAAGGUUGCAAAGUGGGUCGAGGCACCUACGGGCAUGUUUAUAAAGCUAAGCGCAAAGACGGGAAAGAUGAGAAGGAAUAUGCACUGAAACAGAUUGAAGGUACUGGAAUAUCAAUGUCUGCCUGCAGGGAGAUUGCGCUGCUGCGGGAGCUGAAACAUCCCAAUGUCAUCGCGCUGCAAAAGGUGUUCCUGUCGCACAGCGACCGGAAGGUCUGGCUCCUCUUCGACUACGCCGAACACGAUCUGUGGCACAUUAUAAAGUUUCACCGAGCUUCAAAGGCCAAUAAGAAGCCCAUGCAGCUGCCAAGAGGGAUGGUGAAAUCCCUUCUCUAUCAAAUUCUGGAUGGGAUUCAUUACCUCCAUGCCAACUGGGUGCUACACAGGGAUCUUAAACCAGCUAACAUCCUGGUCAUGGGGGAGGGUCCUGAACGAGGAAGAGUCAAAAUCGCGGACAUGGGCUUCGCCAGGCUCUUCAAUUCGCCUCUCAAGCCCCUGGCGGACCUGGACCCGGUCGUGGUGACGUUCUGGUACCGGGCGCCCGAACUGCUGCUCGGGGCGCGACAUUACACCAAAGCGAUCGACAUCUGGGCCAUCGGCUGCAUUUUCGCCGAGCUGCUCACGUCAGAACCCAUCUUUCACUGCCGCCAGGAGGACAUCAAAACCAGCAACCCCUUCCACCAUGACCAGCUGGACAGGAUAUUCAGCGUCAUGGGCUUCCCUGCAGGUCAAAUUCACUCUUUGAACUCCUCAGAUAAGGACUGGGAAGACAUCAGGAAGAUGCCCGAGUACCCCACCCUUCAGAAGGACUUCAGGAGAACAACGUAUGCAAACAGCAGCCUCAUCAAGUACAUGGAGAAGCAUAAAGUGAAACCAGACAGCAAGGUAUUCCUGUUGCUCCAGAAACUUCUCACGAUGGAUCCCACGAAAAGGAUCACCUCGGAACAGGCACUGCAGGAUCCAUAUUUCCUGGAAGAUCCGUUACCCACGUCCGAUGUAUUUGCUGGAUGUCAGAUACCCUAUCCAAAAAGAGAAUUUCUAAAUGAGGAUGAACCUGAGGAAAAAACAGAGAAGAACCAGACGCAGCAGCACCAGCAGACCACCGCGCAGACGCAACAGCAGACGGCGGGGCAGCAGGCCCCCUCUCAGCAGAGCUCGGCCCAGACCAACGGCACAGCAGGGGCCGCAGGGGCCACGGCGGGGGGGGGGCUCCAGCACGGCCAGGACCAGGGGCCCCCCAACAAGAAACCUCGCAUCGGGCCCUCGGGGGCCUCCUCAGGCACCGGGGUCAUGCAGUCCGAGUACCAGCACUCCAGCUCCCGCCUUGGUUACCAAAGCAACGUCCAAGGUUCCACCCAGUCCCAGAGCACCAUGGGGUACUCAUCCUCCUCCCAACAGAGCUCCCAGUACUCCCACCAGUCACACCGCUACUGAGGGUCCUGUGGAUGUCUCGCCCUUUCUCCUACCUAAGUCUCGCCCUCACCUCCUAGCCUUUGCCUGCAAUUUACCUUUCCCUCCCUCCCACACAAGCCCCACCCUCUCUCCCCCAAAAGCCCCACCCCCUUUCCCCAUGCAUGCCCAGCCUCUCCACACAACCCCCUCCCUCUUCUCCACACAAGCCCCACCCUCAUGCCACACCUGCUCCUUCCACUCCCGUCAGUCCCCUCCCCCUUCGACAAAGCCGUCACUUCCAUUUGACUCUUCCAAAUCCUCACUCCCUCUCAGGACGAGCCCCCUCUUCCUCCCAGACCUUGCCCUUGCUCUGACGUGGGCCUCAACCUGCCCUAACUCGGGGCUUUUGCAAUACAAAGGCAUACUCAACAUAGGAACCAAAAACGAAACCCUCCCUUACCCUUAGCCCAAGGGUAGUGAAAUCAUUUCUUUAUUUAAAAAAAAAAAGAAAAGAAAGAAAAUAUACAGACUAAAGAAAAGAAGAAAGGGUCAGGUACAACCUCUUGGAUAAACCCUGCUACACAAAGACAAUGUUCUCAGAACCAUAGCACUUAAAAACACAUGUUCCUCAAGAGGAAGAAUUGCAGCUUUGUUCGUUAAUAUGCCGCACCUUUUCUAUUUGUUUAAAAAGAGACAUUGUGCACUCUGUAGAGUUUUCAAGUUUACUUCAGCCUUUGUUUUGCUAAAUAUUUUUUCCAUAUUGAACAGUGUUGGGAAGAGCAGGAAAAGCAAAGCCCUUUACAUUUAUGGUUUUCUCACACUGUACAGUUCACAUUAAGGAUUUCUAUCUCAACCAGACAAAUGUAAAAUAAUAAUAAUAAUAUAAAAACAUAUUAUUAAAAAGGAACAAAAUCAAAGCCAACACUUCACCGAUUUGAAAUGGAAGAAGCAAGCUUUUUGGAAUUCUUCUCCCAUCUAAUUUUGAAAUUGCAUUUGUACAGAUAGAAUAUCAGCUGUCCAGCUGAUGUCAUUGCAGGGAAUAUAAAACAUACAGUCUAUAUAAAUGUGUUAUUAGAGUUUGUUUAAUAAUGAAUUUUAGUGACCUGUACAGAUAGAUUAGGACAGUGCAGUGGAAGGAGAGUUUGUGUCCACUCUCUCUGUGACCCCAGUAACAGGCUCUGUUUAUCUGCAGCCUUCUCCACCGCCGUGACCCCUUGGACUCAUCACACUAACCGUGCAUCACAAACGGAGGGUCGUUUAUCUUACAGAACUGUACAGCGCUGUCUUGUUUUGUCUGGGAUCUUUUUUUGUUUGGGGGAAGGAAACAAACAUCCUCUGACCAUUCUGCAAGGACGUUUGGCGAGGCCGUUUCCACUACUGCGUGAACGUUUUUGGCACCCAACUUUCAGUGUAUGCCUGUGGUGAGCAUGCCGUGAGCGACGCCGGGCAGAGGCACACCGUGCGGAAAGGUCAAGCAACGGCCAGAGGGGGGGUCAAAGGUCACGCAAUAUGCACAUCACCAGAAAAAGCAGCUAACAGUUUCUAAACCGUUCCACAGACUGUUACCUCCUGGCGAUUUCUUUUUAAUGUUUGUUGUGUUAUCACGAUUCUGUUUCCAUCAAUGUAGUUCAAACCUUUAUCUUUUUUAUUAUACAUUUUUCUCCAAACUCUGUCUAAGGGAUUGCACUGCCGUUUUGACCUCCACGAGGCCCUGGAACAAAGACGCGGCGAAGAGACCCUCCCUCUGCCUCUACUUCCCUCCACCCCUGACUGAGCACUGACAAUUUCAGCAGGCAGAGCAGUGGACACCACUCUUCUCUCUACUAUUUAUCCUGUGAAAAGUAGUCUACUGCAGCCGCACUGCGUGACCUAAUACCCUGAGAUGUGAUACGACUGCACCACCCCCCCGUGACAUUCUGCCAACUGGGAAACAAGGACAUUGUACACCAGGGACAUCUAGUGGUUAUCAACGGAACUGAGCCUUCCUCUCCUCCCAUGUCUCUCACUCUCGCGGUCUUUCCAAAGUACUCCGAAAGGGUGUGCUAUCGCAUGGUGGUGGAAGCAAUGUAUUGCAGUUACAGUAGUAGUGAGAUUAUUAUCUGUCGUCACAAAACUGGGGCUCUAUCUCGUUCUCUUUCUCCUCUUUUUCCCCCCUUCUCAUUUUCUCUUUCUCUCCCCCCCCCCCCACCCCUUUCUACUCACAAACCAGGAUCACGAUGACCUUUUGGAAGACAAUGUUUGUAAACUGUUUAAAACUGCCUUUGAGCUGUACAGAAAUCACCAGCCGUACUCAACUGGCACACACCGACUAUAAACACUGUCUCUUCUGAAAGUUAUGGAAAGUCAGUCGUUUUAAGAGAGGAACAGCUUAGUUACACUGCGACAUGGUGCUGCAUCACAGUCGCAAACAAAAGGUACUUUGGAACGAAAGCUGUACGCGCGAUUGUUGGAAGCUUUCCGUAUCAACCAGGCUCAGUUAAACACCUGUCACAGAUGCGCAGUGACCGUGUUCAACUCCUUGAGUUAAUGAUCCUACCUAAUCCAUUCUUGUGUUUUUUUACUGGCUGAGAACGCUCUUUUUUAAUGACGUCUAUAAAUCUACUGUCUUUUCUCCUUCCCUCUAAAGUAAAAAUUGACAACAUUUACAGGUACAGGCUGACCCGAUCUUUUUAUGAGUAUUACGCAGACAAACGUCCUUGUGAUGUUUCGAAGCCUAGCAAUAUUGUGCUUAGAAGUUUUUGAAUCUGCACUGCGAGAGUUGAGGUCGUUGCCAGGACGCCAGAUAAGGAAAAGGCACUGCUCCUUGUUCAAGUGGAUUUCUAAACAGUGAUCCAAACUGUUUUAUAUAUCUCCUUUAUAUGAAGAUUUGUUACUGUUGGUGUUGUUUUUUUUAUUUACUGUUGUUGUUUUUUGAAUUUCCCCUUGGUCAGGCACAAAGGCCAGGUGUUGCAGCAGCCUUCCAAAACUAUAUGGUGUAUUCUGGGAAAUGGAACCAGCAGCUUUUCCGGGGUUCUUUGCCAAACUUCUUUUCUAUGCUUAAAGUAUGGCUAAAGAGCAAAGUGUGUAACUAAUAUACUGCUCUGAAUUAAAACUCUACUUAAGCGAGGUUUUAAAGUAUUAUACUGUAUGUGGCUUCCACUGACCGUGGUGAGGUAAUAAAAUCCAUACAGUUCCUAUGCAAAAGUGAAAGAAAAGCUUUUACAGUACUUGUGUAAUGCCUCAGUUUUUGUUUGUUUUUUUGGGGCAUGAAAAUCACUGGUUUCAUAUGGUUGAAGACUCAUUGUUUUUUUUAACGAUUUUAAAUAGAAUUUCCAUUCUGUAUUGUAAUUCCAAAUAAGUAGUGAGUAAUAGAACCUGGCAUUCAUUUUAGCCUCAUCUCCUGUCUGGUUAGAUACUGCAUCACAAUAUCUAUAUUCAAACUGAAAUGUUUUAAGAGGAAGCAUGUAUAUGGAUAGUAUACAAUCAUAUUUAUUAUUUCCAUAUAUAAACCUACUUAUAUGUGUGUUUUAUGAUAUUUCUGUGUUAAGGAGACUUGAGACAGAACUGGACCUAUGUCUGACAAAACCCACAUCACUAAAUAAUUGUAAGGCUACAGUACACUUGCCUGUCAGGUCCAUGAAAUAAAAACAUAAUUUUGCGCUGUAAAAGCAAAAUCAUAUCAAUAUUUUGAUAGUAUAAUGCUUAGCAAUUAAUUUUUUGUAUGGUCUUAUUCUGAUAUUGUACAGGAGGACACGGACAGUCAUGCCGGUAAUAGUAACGAUUUUUGCUUGAAUAGUAGGCGUGUUACUGUUGUGGGUUGUCCGUCAGGUUAUUCUAUCUGGGUCUUGUUUGUUUGUCAUCAGGAAGCAGAGACUUCCGCGCUCAUCAUCAUGUUUUCUUAUUUUUUACUGGACUGAAACAAUAUAUUUCAAUGUGUGGACAGUGCCUUUUUAAGUCUGAGUGUUUAAACCUCAAGGUCGCCGUCUCAUACACCAUUCAGGACAUGUUUUUCAUUUUGCCUUCUCAGUAGAGGUUGUUUGUUUGUUUUAGUUUUUUUUACUUUUUCAUUUACCAGUUUGUGUCUUUUGCAGAACUUUAUUAAUUUACUUCAAACAGUGGCAGCAAGCAGAUAGAUAUCACUCUUGAUGUCAGUCAUCCAGUGACUUUUAGGAAAAAAAAAAAAAAACAACAUAACAAAUGAAAUGUUAAGUUUGUCUCUUCAAGUUAAUAUUGUCCUUUCGUCAUUAAAAUACAGUAACCGUAAGUUUUAAAUGCUGUACAUAAGAACACAUUUUAAGAAAUCUUCAUUGAAACGUAAUGCUAUGAUAAUUGUCCUUAAUGCACUGUUAUUGCUGAAAUAUUUAGUGGUAAAUGAAUACUAUUUAAUGUUUUGUUUGUUUUUACUGUCUUGUUUAGACACUAAAAGUAUGGCAGUUAUAAGACAAUAGGGCCAGAAAAUGCUCUUUUUAAGGAGUUUUUAUAUACAUGUAUAGAUAUAUAAAGACUCACUAUAGUAUACAUCUAUAAAUGAUAGUGCACUUCUAAGUCUGCACCUGUUCACAUUUCCCUUCUUAGUGUAUGUAUGUUGCAUGUGCUUGUCUUUUCCAAUCCAAAACUUUAGCACUUACUUUACUCAUUCAACAGUACGUACAGAGACUACUUGUACAGAGACUGCAGCGAAGACCUCUGGCUUGUAAAGGGCACAUACGAGAACAUUUCAUUUCCAGGAAGUGCAAUCUUCAUUACUCCUUAGAUACGACCGAUGGUAAAUGCCUCAAAUUAUAAUCACAUUUCUAUCAUUUUUAAUGACAUUUGAUCUCAUAUACAAUUGAUUAUUGUAUGCUAAGUGCUUUAUAUGGGUUUAUAUUUGUCUGUCCUUAAAACUGGACAUAUAAGUGACCCCUCAUCAGUGGGCCUUAUUCUUGUAAGGCUCGGUAACUAUGAUCCAAACUAUUUCAGAAUUCUAUUUUAUUUUUGAAAAUUAUUAUUAUACCUUUACCCUUUUUUACAUUACCCUUCUUUUCCUGUUGCAAAUAGUUUUGAGGCUCUCGUAUGGAUUGCAAUGAAGGUAAAAUAAUUAAAAUAAAAACAUUAAAAUAAGGUGUCUUUUGCUGCAUGGAGUGGAGCGUACCUCUGGGGUACAGUUUGAGUCUCCCCCAGUGAACAUGGUUACUUUGCAAGCCUGUGUGACUCAUGUCCAGUCUCUGUGUAGGUGUGUUUAUGUGUGUAAAUACACACAUAUGCACAAAGCAAGCAUAUGGUCAGAACUUAUACUGUGUCUCCAUAGCUUAUGGCAAUAUGAGAAUAGCACAGUGCAGGAAAUAAACAAAAAUCAUUUAUACUCUACGGCUGCUUCUAGCUAAUUUGUCCUAAUUUCACUGUACAAAUGACUGUUAAAUGAGAAAAAGUCAUGUAUAUUUAUUUUAUAUCCUCUAUUGUAAUAAAUCUCUUUUGCUUCAGAUGAAA